UACAAAUGCUAUAGACAAAUGAAAGAGGAAAUUUGCUCUCGGCUCAGGAAAAUGGAGACAGAUCUCAGACAGUCCAUGUCCCCGUUGCCCAGGUCCUACAAAGAAGCUUUAGCGGGCCUGGAUCAGAGCAAGGCCUUCACAGCAAGUCUCCUGUCAAUCCAAGGAGACUUAGUGAGCCUCCGCCAGGUCCUCAGACACCUGAGAUGCAGGUGCACAGAAAGCGAUGGCGCGUGUGUGCUCCGAGUGGCCUCUGCUCUGUGGGAGAAGUGGCUGAGCUUGCUGGAAGCCGCCAGGGUGUGGCAGCAGUGGAGUGGAGACCUGAAGAGAGAGUGGAAGUUCAUCAGUGAGGAGAUUGAACGAGAAGCAAUAAUUUUAGAGAGUCUUCAGGAGGACCUUCCAGAGGUUUCCAGAACAAAGGACAUAGCUCCCACAGAGGAACUCCGUCAGCUCUUGGACUCUCUGUGCCAGCAUGAGGGGAGCGUGGAAAAGCAGCAGCAGCUGCUGACCCUGCUUCUUCAGCGCAUAACAAGUAUCCAGAACAUUCCAGAAGGUACAGAGACUGUGGAAACCAUCCCGGCACUUCAGGAGAUUAGGUCUAUGCAGGAACGGUGCAACAGGCUUCUUCAGGCAACUCAAAAGAAUAAGGACUCGAUCCAGACCGAAAUCCAGGUGCGGCAUUCUUUCAUGAAGGAAAUAAGUGAUGUGAAGCGUUCAUUUGAACAGAUCGUAACUUCUCUCCAAAACCUGGCGCUGGAAGACCAUCCAGAAAGGGCAGGAGAGUUGGAGGAGCUGCGAAGCGUACUCGAGAAAGGCAAGCUGACUUUCGAGAACAUCAUGGAAAAACUGCGCAUCAAGUAUUCCGAAAUGUACAGCAUAGUCCCCGCGGAGAUUGACUCCCAGGUGGAAGACUGCAGGAAGGCGCUGGAAGAUGCGGAUGAGAAGAUGAGCCAUGAAAUCUCGAAGAGUUCCCCGUCGUGUGUCAUGAGGAGGAAGAUGGAAGACAUUAGCCAUGGGCUUCAUUGCAUUGAGAAGAUGCUGCAACGGAAAAGCAAAAACAUCGAGGAAGCGCAAGAAAUUCAGAAGAAAAUAUGGGACGAACUUGACCUCUGGCAUUCCAAGCUGAAUGAGCUGGACUCGGAAGUUCAGGACUUUGUCGAGCAGGACCCAGGGCAGGCUCAAGAAUGGAUGGAUAACCUCAUGGCUCCUUUCCAGCGGCAUCAGCAAGUGUCCCAGAGAGCAGAAUCCAGAACCUCACAGCUCAACAAGGCCACAAUCAAGAUGGAAGAAUAUAGUGAUCUUGUGAAAAACAUAGAGGCGUGGCUAGAGAAGACCGGCCAUCUGCUAGCCACUCCUGCCUGCUAUGACUCAUCAAAGACCCUGAGCCACCGAGCCAGUACCCUCCAGAUGGCUCUGGAAGAUUCUGAGCAGAAGUACAACCUUCUACAUUCAGUGUUCACAGAUCUAGAAGACCUGUCGCUCAUUUUUGAAACUGACGACUUAAUCCAGUCCAUCCAAGAAUUAAGUGGCCAGGUGGCAGCAUUACAGCAGCAGAUAGUGGAGGACCUUCCACACAUCCAGCAGGUGGCAGACGAUGUGGUUGCCAUCGAGUCUGAAGUAAAAUCAAUGGAAAAAAAGGUUGCGAAAAUCAAAGCUAUCCUGUUAUCCAAAGAAAUAUUUGAUUUUUCUCCUGAAGAACAUCUCAAGCAUGGGGAGGUCAUACUUGAAAACAUCCAUGCCAUGAAAAAAACUAUUGCUGAGAUAAUGACCUACCAAAUGGAGCUGAGGUUACCCCAGACAGCAAGCAAACCCCUGCCUGUGUUUCAGAGGACACAUGAGCUUUUACAAGAUGUGAAGCUGCUGGAAAAUGUGGCGCAGGAGCAGAAUGAGUUGUUGAAGGUUGUCAUAAAACAGACAGCUGAAUGUGAUGGCGAAAUAGAAAAUCUGAAACGGAUGUUAAAUAAUUAUUCAGCUGAGUUCUCCCCGGAACAUGUGUCACGAGAGCAAGUUGCUGGCCUGCCUUCAUUACAGGGAGAGAUGGAAGGGUUGGAGGAGCAGAUUCUGAAUCUCAACCAGAAGAAGACAGACCUGCUGGUGGGCUUGAAGGCGGCUGUACUGAACCUUCAUGAGCACCUGAAGCGAGAGCAUCAAGAAGGAGGAGAGGGAGAUGAGCUGCCCUCAGAAGAGGGCGGGGUUGCCGAGCAGGGCGUCUCAGGCAGGAAGCUGACCAGAACAAGCUCCAUGUCCUUCCUGCCAGUGGUCAAGGAGGAGGUGGAAGAAAGCUCCGUGAAGAGUGAAGAUGGACAUGGGAGGGCAGAGCCACCGUCUGCAUCCUGGGCUCUUCCGUGGAAGCAUAGCAAGGACCUGGAGGAGGAUGGGGCAUCCUCAACCUCCGCCACCAUUGUGCAGGAGGCAGAUGGGAGAAUUAGCACCUGUGACGCUUCCAUGGCGCAUAUUAUUGCACCAGACUCGGGAAGCACUGAGCCAGGCCCAGAACCUUCCCCGAGGCUCAGCCAAACUGCAAAGGGUGCCACACCUCCCAUUGAGGCUUCACCUCUGGACUUUCCUCACGAGCAAGGUGCGUUUGAAGUCACCGUGGAGAGAAGUAGGCCUCAGCCGGCAGAAGUCCUCCAUGUCUGCAAGACCCAAGUGGCCGAGCUGGAGCUGUGGCUGCAACAAGCCAACGUGGCGUUUGAGCCGGAAACAUUAGACCCAGACAUGCAGCAGGUGGUGGAGCAGGAGCUGGCUGGGUGCCAGGCAAUGCUGACGGAGAUUGAGCACAAGGUGGCUUCUCUGUUAGAUACCUGCAAAGACCAGGGCCUGGGAGACUGCGGAGCCACUCAGCAAGAGGCCGAAGCCCUUUCCUGGAAACUCAAGACUGUGAAGUGCAACUUGGAAAAGGUCCAGAUGAUGCUUCAGGAGAAGCACAGCGAGGACCAGCAUCCCACCACUGUAAAGCAACCAUCAGAGUCCCACACCGUCUUCCAGCCAGUCAGCUUUCCUGAGUUUGAAUCCGUCAUAACUGAAAGGCCACAGUUCAGCAAACAGAAGGACGUUCCCCAGACACAGGUUCUGGCGUUAAAACCAUUGGAACAGAAAGAUUUAAUUAAGUUCACAGAAUUCAAUGCCAAGAAAACAUGGCUGCAGUAUUGCCAACAGGAUAAAGAUGAAAAUCAGGAAUCAGCUCCGAGCGGCGAGAUUCCUGACCCUGGAAAUGCGGCUCCAGGUUCAGCCUUGUCACCCCAGGGCCAAAGUGGUGACAAGUGGCUGUACCUUCACCAUGAACUAACUUCAAGACCAAAUCCCCCAGGACCUCUGCUGGUGGAGCCUCAGGUGGCCACAAAUACGAGCACGCUGCCCAGUGUGAGUGUGUAUAACUUCAGAUGCCCUACGGCCGACGAACUGCACACUUACACCACCCAGCUCGAAGAUCUCCGCCUAGAAGCAAACCGCCUUCAGACCCAGGAAAGUAUGACAGAAGAAACAUACAUCAAUUUGGAUAAAAGAUUGUUUGAACUCUUUCUGAGCCUCAGUCGCUGUCUGGGCAAUGUGGAGGAGCUGCAACAGAGACCUGAGCUGCUCAGGGAGGAUGCAGCUGCCCAGCAGGCGCUCUUUGAGAAACUGGCUCUGGAGCUGAAGAAGCUUUAUUUAGCUCUGGGUGACAAGAAGGAUGCUCUUCUGAAAGCUGUGACGUGGCACGGCCAGGACACCACGCUGCUACCUGAAUGUUUCGAUGCUCUGAAAGUCAGUCUGGAGCGUGCCCAGGAAAAAGCUGCCUGGAGGAGCUCAUCCCUGAAGGCUGGCCUUGACCACAGCUGCAGCUAUCAGAAUGAAAUAAAGCGAUUAUACAAUCAACUCAUUAAGAAGAAAAUGGCUUUACAGCAGUCUUUGAAUGCGAUCAGUGGACAGAGUAUUGGCGAACAGCUUCAGAAGGCAGAUGUGCAUACAGCAGAGCUGCAGAACUCGGAGCGGCAAGUCGCCAAACUAAGGAACGAAGGGGAAAGGCUCCGUUUCCCUCAUGUUUUACUCCAGGAUGUUUACAAGUUGGAGGAUGUUCUUGACAGUAUGUGGGGAAUCCUGAGAGCCAAAUAUCUAGAACUCAGCAGCCCAUUCCUCUCCCAGAGCCAGCAGGAUGCCUUGCUGCAAGGCAUGGUGGAGCUCAUCAGUAUUGGAAAAGAAAAGCUUGCAAGUAGCCCCUUGCAACACGCCAAGAGUAAAGUUGCUUUGCAGGCUCAAUUACAAGAUCACAAGGGAUUUUUCCAGAAGCUCGUCGCUGACAUGUUGUUGAUUCAAACUUAUUCGGCCAAAAUGUCUUCACCAUCGUUGCAAAAGGGCGAGAGAUUUGGGGCAGAACAAGAGGCCGAAGUGAGAGCUCUGGGGGAAGAGGCCUGCCUGCGAGGCUCCCAGCUUCAGAGUGUGCUGCAGAAAUGGGAAGAAUUUGAUGACAACUACGCAUCUCUUGAGAAGGACCUGGAAGUUCUUGUGUCUUCGUUGCCCUCUGUGAGUCUGGUGGAAGAGACGGAAGAAAGAUUGCUGGAAAGGAUCUCAUUGUAUCAGCAAAUAAAAAGAAACAUUGACGGAAAGCACUUGCGGCUCUGCCAGACCUUGAACGAAGGCAAACAGCUGGCGGCAUCUGUGAGCUGUCCUGAGCUGGAGGGCCAGAUCACCAAGCUAGAAGAGAAGUGGUUGUCCCUCAACAAGAAGAUUGACCACGAGCUCCACAGACUACAAACCCUGCUUAAGCAUCUCCUCAGUUACAGCAGGGAUUCGGAUGAGCUGACCAGAUGGCUGGAAUCUUCUCAGCAAACAUUGAAUUACUGGAAAGAACAGUCCCUCAACGUGUCUCAGGACCUGGAUACGAUCAGAAGCAACAUCGACAGGUUUUUUGAAUUUUCCAAGGAAGUUGAUGAGAAGUCCUCCCUGAAGUCUGCGGUCCUGAGCACUGGGAACCAGCUUCUCCACCUGAAGGAGGCAGACACAGCCACACUGAGAACGUCUCUGGCACAAUUCGAGCAGAAAUGGACAAUGCUGAUAACCCAGCUUCCAGACAUUCAAGAGAAACUUCACCAGCUUCAGAUGGAGAAAUUGCCUUCUCGCAGCGCCAUCUCCGAGAUGAUCAGCUGGAUGGACGCUGUGGAGCCUCAGGCUGCAGGCGAGGACGCUGAGCUCUCCCAGCGUUCUGUGGCUCAAGUCAAAAGUCGUCUGCAGAAGCUCAAGGAGUUCAGAAUGGAGAUGGACUACAAGCAAUGGAUAGUUGACUUCGUUAACCAGUCACUGCUUCAGCUAAGCACCUGCGAUGUCGAAAGCAAGCGCUAUGAAAGGACGGAGUUUGCCGAGCACCUGGGGGAGAUGAACCGCCAGUGGCACCGAGUGCACGGAACCCUGAAUAGAAAGAUACAACAUUUGGAACAACUUCUGGAAAGUAUCACCGAGAAUGAAAACAAAAUACAGAAUUUGAACAGUUGGUUGGAGGCACAGGAAGAGAAGUUGAAGAUACUCCAAAAACCCGAAAGUGCCAUCUCCAUGGAGAAGCUCCUCCUGGACUGCCAGGACAUAGAAAAUCAACUUGCCGUGAAAUCCAAAGCACUGGAUGAGCUGAGACAAAGCUCGCUGACUCUGGAGGGGGGAGACAUGCCGCUGCUAGAAGACAUGGCGUCUGGGAUUGAUGACCUGUUUCAAAAGAAGAGUAAUGUGACCAGCCAGGUCCAUCAGCUCAGGGCCUCCACGCAGUCAGCGCUACAGGAGUGGAAGGCCUUUGACAAGCUCUACGAUGAGGCCAACGUGGCGACAACCCAGCUGGCAUACUCCAUGGAGCACAGCAAGCCUGCUGUUUUGUCCAGGGAGGCCUUGGACUGCCAGGUGCAGAGCCUUCAGGCCCUUCAGGAUGAAGCUGAGAGCAGGGAAGGGAACUGGGAGAAGCUGCGGGAAGUUAUUGGCAGACUCGAAGAUUCCUGCCCCCCCAUUGCUGGAAUAAUGAAAGAGAAAUGCCAAGAUGCUCACUCAAGGUGGACCCGGGUGAACCAGGACCUCGCAGACCAGUUGCAGGAGGCCCGAAGUCAGCUGCAGCUCUGGAAGGCUUCUCACCAUGCUCACACAGAAGCCGCAGCCCGGCUGCAACAGCAGGAGGCCAAGUUCCAGCAGCUUGCCAACAUCAAUAUGUCAGGAAACAACCUGACAGACAUCCUGCCCCCGGCCCUGCAGGACAUAAAGGAGCUCCAGCACGAUGUACUGGAGACGAAAGAGGCCUUCCUUGCAAACUCCACCUUCCUGGACCAGCUCCCACAGCCCGCAGACCCCAGCACCCUUGGGCUCCAUUCUGAACAGCUGCACUCCCUCCAGACAGCGGCCUAUCUGGAAAAGAUGCUGCUGGCGAAAUCCAAUGAAUUUGAGAUUGUUCUGGCACAAUUAAAGGAUUUUGGGGACCGGCUGGACUAUUUAAAGGAUCUUAUUAUGCACGAGGAAGAAAACUUGAAUAAGCUUUACCAUGAAGAGACAAAAGAAGUUCCUGGAUCGUUCCUGAACCACGUACUGGUGCUGACAGCCCAGUCACCUGACAUUGAACGUUUGAAUGAAGAGAGCCUCCGGCUCCCCCUCAGUGACAUAACAAUAAAAACAUUACAAAAUGUGAACCGGCAGUGGAUCCGGGCAACAGCCACGGCGCUGGACCACUGCAGCAAACUUCAGGGAAACGGGUUGAAUGAAAACUUCCUUCAUUACUGUGAGAAAUGGACCCAGCUUCUGGAGAAGCUGAAAGAGGCACUUGCCGUGAACGUCGCCCACAGCCUCCCAGCUCUCCGGGAGCAACAGAAAACCUAUGAGAUGUUGGAAGCUGAAGUUUCUAUCAACCAGACAGUUGCUGAUGCUUAUGUGGCCCAGUCCUUACAGCUCCUGGACACAGCAGAAACCAAGACCAGGCCAGAAUUUGUCUCCGAAGUCUCAAAGCUCUCAGCUGGAUGGCAGAGCGCUGCCCGGGGUGUCCAGCAGAGGAAGCGUGACAUCCACAGGCAGGUGGCACAGUGGCAGUUCUUCACCACCUCUGUGGAGGACUUGCUCCGUUUCCUCGCUGACACCGGCCACCUCCUGUCUGCCGUGAAGGAGCAGGACUGUCACAGCCUCUACCAAACCAGACGCCUCAUCCAUGAGCUGAAGAACAAAGAGAUCCAUGUUCAGAGGCGGCGAACCACCUAUGAGCUGGCCUUGGAGGCCGGGGAGAAAUUACGGAACACACCCAGCCUGGAAACUAAAGAGUUCAUUGACAGACAAGUCAACAAGCUUCAGGACACCUGGAAGGACACUGAGCUCAGCCUGGGAGAGAUGAUCAGCCAGCUCCAGACCACAGCAGAGACCUGGGACCAGUGUGAAGAGAAAAUCAAGGAGCUGCAAAGCAGGCUGCAAGUCCUGAAAUCACAAAGCAGAAAUCCUCUCCCCGAGCUUCACGAGGACCUCCACAGAGAAAAGGAGCUGAUGAAGGAAGUCGAGAAACCUCUGGCUAACUGGACGCACAACUUGAAAGAGCUUCAAACUAUGAAGGCGGACUUGAGCCGGCACAUCCUGGCGGAGGACGUGACGGUUCUGAAGGAGCAGAUUGAGCUUCUACACAGACAAUGGGAGGAUCUCUGCCUGAGAGUGGCUAUCCGCAAGCAGGAGAUUGAAGACAGGCUCAAUUCAUGGAUCGUGUUCAAUGAAAAAAACAAGGAAUUGUGUGCUUGGCUGGUCCAGAUGGAAAACAAAGUUCUACAGACAGCGGAUAUUAGCAUUGAGGAGAUGAUUGAAAAGCUACAGAAGGAUUGCAUGGAAGAAAUAAGCUCAUUCAGUGAAAGCAAGCUGCAGCUGAAACAGAUGGGCGAGCAGCUAAUCAAGGCCAGCAGCAAGGCCAAGGCGGCCGAGAUGGACGACAAGCUCAGCAAAAUCAACGACCGCUGGCGGCAUCUUUUCGAUGUCAUUGGAUCGAGGGUGAAGAAGCUGAAGGAGACGUUUGCUUUCAUUCAGCAGUUAGACAAAAACAUGAGCAACCUUCGCACCUGGUUGGCGCGAAUCGAGUCUGAGCUCUCCAAGCCCGUGGUUUACGAUGUCUGCGAUGACCACGAGAUCCAGAAGAGGCUUGCUGAGCAACAGGACCUGCAGCGAGAUAUCGAACAGCACAGCGCGGGGGUAGAGUCUGUGUUCAAUAUCUGUGAUGUCCUGUUGCAUGACUCCGACGCCUGUGCCAAUGAAACGGAAUGUGACUCAAUCCAGCAGACAACCAGGAGCCUGGACAGGCGCUGGAGGAACAUUUGCGCCAUGUCGAUGGAGCGGCGCAUGAAGAUCGAGGAGACCUGGCGGCUGUGGCAAAAGUUUUUGGAUGACUAUUCCCGCUUCGAGGACUGGCUCAAGUCUGCCGAGAGGACGGCAGCCUGCCCCAAUUCCUCCGAGGUGCUGUAUACGAAUGCCAAAGAGGAGCUGAAGAGGUUUGAGGCCUUUCAGCGGCAGAUUCAUGAAAGACUGACCCAGCUGGAGCUCAUCAACAAACAGUACCGGCGGCUGGCCAGGGAGAACCGCACCGACACUGCCAGCAAACUGAAGCAGAUGGUGCACGAGGGUAACCAGCGUUGGGACAACCUGCAGAAGCGGGUCACCGCCAUCCUGCGAAGACUCCGGUAUUUCACCAACCAAAGGGAAGAGUUUGAGGGCACCAGGGAGAGCAUUCUGGUAUGGCUCACAGAGAUGGACCUGCAGCUGACCAACGUGGAGCACUUCUCAGAGAGUGACGCCGAGGACAAGAUGCGCCAGCUGAAUGGCUUCCAACAGGAGAUCACACUAAACACCAACAAGAUCGACCAGCUCAUCGUGUUCGGGGAGCAGCUCAUCCAGAAGAGCGAGCCCCUGGAUGCUGUGCUGAUCGAAGACGAGCUGGAGGAGCUGCACCGCUACUGUCAGGAGGUGUUUGGCAGAGUGUCCCGCUUCCAUCGGCGACUGACCUCCCAUGCCCCGAGCCUAGAAGAUGAAAAGGAAGCCUCCGAGAAUGAGACGGACAUAGAAGACCCAAGAGAGAUCCAGGCUGACUCUUGGCGUAAGAGGAGAGAGAUGGAGGAGCCACCGUCUUCCCAGUCACUGUGCCACCUUGUGCCCCCGGCUCUGGGGCAUGAGCGGUCUGGCUGUGAGACCCCCGUCAGUGUGGACUCGAUCCCGCUGGAGUGGGAUCACACAGGUGAUGUGGGGGGAUCUUCUUCUCAUGAAGACGACGACGAGGGUCCGUUCUACAGCGCACUGUCAGAUGUAGAAAUCCCUGAAAAUCCUGAGGCAUAUCUUAAAAUGACCACAAAAUCUUUGAAAGCAUCUUCUGGCAAAUCCAUUGCUGAGGGCCACGUGUGGCAUGUUCCAGACAGCCCUUCCCAUGCCAAGCAUCACUACAAACCAGUGGAAGAUGACAGGACUGUGGCGCCGGUCCCCUCAGAUGCCAGCACCCCUUACAAACCAGCCUAUGUAAAGUUCCUAUUACGUCAAGGCACUGAUGAUGGCAAAGAAGGCCCAAGAGGCUCAAAGGGCAGUCCCCAGCAGGAAGGUGAACAGCUGGACACUUUAACGGGACAGCAGCCAGGUGCCUUCGACAGAUGGGAGCUGAUUCAAGCGCAGGAGCUUCACGGCCAACUCCGAAUAAAAGAGAACGCGCAGCGGCUGAAUUCUGACCUCGGCACCAUCGCCGCUUGGCUUGAAAAAACUGAAGCGGAGCUGGAAGCCCUGAGGCUGGCAGAGCCUCCCUCCGACGUCCAGGAAAUGGCACUCAGGGUGAAGAAACUGCAAGAGAUAUUAAAAGCCUUUGCUACCUACAAGGCCUUAAUGGCCUCUGUCAACGUGAGCCACAAGGAAUCUCUGCCGAGCGAGAGCCCCGAAUCCACAGAACUCCAAAAUAGGCUCCACCAGCUGAGCCUGACCUGGGACACGGUCCAGGGGGUGAUGGACAGCUGGAGAGAGGACUUACGACAGUCCCUCAUGCAGUGCCAGGACUUCCACCGGCUGAGUCAGGACUUGCUCCUGUGGCUAGCGAGUGCAGAGAGCCGAAGGCAGAAGGCACGCGUUGUCGCCAGCCCAGAGGCAGACCGCGAGGUGCUCCUGGAGUGUCAGAAAGAGCUCAUGCAACUGGAAAAGGAGUUGGAAGACCGUCAGCCUCAAGUCAGCUCCUUGCAGGAGAUUUUCUCUGGCCUUCUCGUUAAGGGGCACGGAGAAGACUACAUUGAGGCCGCAGAGAAGGUCCAUGUAAUCGAGAAGAAACUCAAACAGCUGCGCGAGCAAGUGGCUCAAGAUCUGAAGUCCUUGCAGGAAAGACUGAAUCCCGACCCCUCUCUGGCCAGCUUUGAUGAAGUGGACUCUGGGGAACAGCCUCCAGCUGCCUCUGUACCUGCUUCCUAUGCAAAGCAGUUUGGAGCGGAGAGAUCUACCGACGAGGAAGAGGAGACAGACAGCAGGAUGUCCCACCUCAAUGGCCCUAGCAGCUCACAGCCAAGGCGCUCCUUCCUCUCAAGGGUGAUCAGGGCAGCGCUACCCUUGCAGCUACUCCUGCUGCUGCUGCUGCUUCUGGCCUGCCUGCUGCCCGCCUCUGAAGAAGACUACAGCUGCACCCAGGCCAACAACUUUGCCCGUUCCUUCUACCCCAUGCUGCGGUACACCAACGGGCCACCUCCCACCUAGAGGAUUCUGCCGGCUGCAGUUCCACACCGCUAGCCUACUGGCCACAGGUGCUCAGCUCAACCUGUGAGUGACUCUUAGCCUUGACGAGAUGCAGGGACCUGCUGCAGACACCUCCCUCGUCUUGAGCAAAUGGACUCCAGGGGCCCACGACAACUCAGACAAGAUGUCCUUCCUCUGGGCUAGAACCAAGUACACAGCAGGACCUGGCAUUCAAAGCUAGCGAUGGGUUCCAAGAACUCUGGAAAGGGGGGCUUCCCAAAGAGCCACGCACUUUGUAAAACACUGUAUUGUAGCACAGCUGUUAUACGGCCCACAGACAAUGAUGUUCCGUACAUAAAUGAACUCUAUCCAAGAAGCUAGUAGGUCCCUACCUUAGUAAUGGUUCGGGAAAUCCAAUCAUGGUUGAUUCAGACACAUUUGAAAUGUUGAGAAUCAGUUUUCCUCCAGUCAGCUAGCAGUCUAUGCUCCCAGUUAUAAACUAAAAUCUUCUGGUUCCCUACCCUGGGUCAGCUCUUUUAUAUUGCUUUAAAAAAAAAUUUUUUUCAAAGAAAUUUUAUUGCAUGGAUGUGGUUAUUUGUGCAUAUUUUUAACACUGCUGAAUCUGUAUGAAUAAUGUAAACUUUGAUUUAGGAAAAAAGAACAGAAGAUUUUUAGCUUGAGUUUUGGACUAAUGUACAGGAAAUGCCAAGCUCCAGACUUGAUAGGGAUGUUUUUAUAAGUUAAUUUUUUAAGACUUUUCAUGUUUUGAAGAGACACUUUGGGUCUGGUUGAGCUGUUUGGCCACCAGGGGUUAGAACUAUUUGUGAUAUGUAAAACUCAGAUGUUUCUCAUUAAAAAAAAAAAAAAAAA